AUGGCCAUGAAAAAUCAUUAUAUCCCUGAUUCAUUUCAAAGAGCAUCAAAUAUUAGAGUCCCAUUAGCACCCACUGUUAAAUUCGAAAUAAAUCCAAGAAUUUUUCAAAUGCUCCCUAAUUUUCAUGGAUUGCUUUUAGAGGAACCUCAUCAGCACUUAGAAAAAUUUCAUAUGGUCUGUGAUUUAGUUAAUCUUCCUCAAGUUACACCGGAAAUUAUUAAGAUGAAAUUAUUUCCUCAUACACUUAGGGACAAAGCUAGCCAUUGGCUAUCCACAUUAGAUAGAGAAUUAACUAGCUUGAAAGACAUAGAACAGGCCUUUCUUCGAAAAUUUUAUCCCUUAGGAAAAACCCAAAAUAUGAGAAAACAUAUAUGGAGUUUUUCUCAAAGACCAGGAGAAACUUUACAUGAGACAUGGGAAACAUUGAAAGAUUUACUUAGAAAGUGUCCUCAUCAUGCUAUACCCAAGUGGCAGCUCAAUAAAAUUUUUUAUGAUGGAUUAUUAGAACAACAUAGAAAUAUGGUUGAUUCUAUAUGUGGAGGAGCUUUUAUGGAGAAAACCCCUGAUGAGAUUUACAGUCUUUAUGAGAAUUUAAGUGAAAAUUCUAGAGAUCAAGCCUCUUUUGAAUUAUAUGACAGGGAUAAGAAGAGAGGAAUUUAUGAAUUGUAUCAUGAUGAUGAUUCUAAACUUAGAAAUGAGGUUAAUCAGAUUAAUCAAAGAUUAGAAAAACUUGAUUUGCUUAUUGACAAUAUUAGAAAGCCUCUUAACCCUCAAUUUAAUUCAAAUAGUACAUGUUCUAUGUAUGGUGAAAAUGAUUAUUCUGAAUUUCAAUGUUAUAAUUUAAAUCAAUCAUUUCACCCUAAGCAAGAACAAGUGCAAGUAGCUCACGGUUUUAAUAGAAAUAGGGAACCUUUUUUAAAUUCUUAUAAUCUUAAUUGGAGGAAUAAUUUUUCAUGGAGAGACCCAAAUAAUAUUCAAAAUCUAGAAGCACUUAGACCCAAUUCAAACUCUGAAUUUCAUCCAAAACAAGAAAACAGAUUUCAAAAAAAUGAGCCCUCUCAAAUCCAACCUGAUGCUAUGGAAAUGAUGCAGCAAAUGAGCCAAAUUAUGCAACAAACUAUGAAUCAAAUGAUGCAACAAACUAUGAAUCAAAUGAUGCAGCACGAGAAACAAAUUAUAGAGGUCCUUGGGAAUAAGAGAGAAGAGGGACAGCUACCUAGUCAGCCCGUAGAAAAUCCAGGGAACCGCCCAACAAUAGGAUUUCAGCAAGGGGAGUCUAGUAGCAUGAAUUUAGGAAAAAACCCACGAAAUGAAAAUGUUAGGACAGUGAAUGCAUUAAGGAGUGGUAAGAUCUUACCUGAUCCUUAUCCCCAAACAUUAGAAGAAAAAGAAAAUGUGGACAACCCAAAACAAAAUCAAAUAGGAGUAGAAGAAGAUUUUAUAGAUUCUACCAAGGAAAUUUCGAAAGAGAGGACAACCAUUCCAUUUCCUAAAGCUCUAGAGCCUAGACAAAGAAAGAAAAAGGAACACAAUGAAGAAAUAAAGAAAAUUUUACAAGAUGUGCAAAUUAGUCUUCCUUUACUCACUACCAUUGAACAUAUUCUUGAAUAUGCUAGAGUUUUGAAAGAAAUGUGUACACCAAAAAGGGAACCUAGAGUAGAAAAAUUAUCUAUGCAUGCUAGUGCAUUAUUAUUAAAUCAAUUACCAUAUAAAUUGAGAGAUACAGGUGCCCCUUUAAUUUCGUGUGAUAUUGGUGGAUCCACUUUUCAGAAUGCAUUACUUGACACCGGUGCUAGUAUUAAUUUAUUACCUACAAGUAUUUGUGAUAAAUUUAAUAUUUCUGAUCUUAAACCUUCUACUGUUACCUUACAAUUUAUUGAUAGAUCCAUAAAACAUCCUAAAGGUAUUUUAGAAAAUGUGAUAGUAACAGUUAAAGGGUGUAAAUUUCCAACUGAUUUUGUAGUGCUGGAAAUGGAUUUUAUGGACAGUUUUAUGAUACACCAAUCAUCCUAGGGAGACCAUUUUUGCAUACAACAAAGAUGAAUAUUGAUUUUCUCACAGGUAUUGCGAAAAUUUCAUGUGGAGAUCAAUCAGUAGAAAUUAAAAUUUUUGAGGUACCAAAUGAUCUUAAGAAAUCACAAGUAUAUGAUUGUCAUACCAUAGAUCUUCUAGAUGAUUUUGAUGAUCCAGAUGUUAUUGAUGACUGUGUGCUGGAAGAAUUAGAGGAAAUAGAGAAUAUAAAUUUGAGAGAAAAGAAAGAGGAAGAUCAUCUGAAUUUAGAGUUGAAACCUCUUCCCUCUAGUUUAAAAUAUAUGUUUUUGGAGGAAAAUAAUUCAUUUCCUGUUAUUAUUGCAGCUGAUUUGAGUGAUGAACAGGAAGAAGAAUUAUUAGAUGUACUUCGAAAAAAUAAGAAGGCUAUGGCCUGGAAAAUGGACGAUCUAAGGGGCAUUGAUAUGAGUGUAUGUAUGCAUAGUAUAUAUCUAGAGGAGGGGGCCAGAACUAGUAGGGAACCACAACGAAGAUUAAAUCCUAACAUGAUAGAAAUUGUAAAAAAAGAAAUUUUAAAGUGGCUGGCUGUUGAUAUUAUUUAUUCUAUUUCAGAUAGCAAAUGGGCUAGUCCUACACAAGUAGUGCCAAAAAAAUCAGGGAUCACGGUUAUAAAAAAUGAAAAAUGGGGAUGA